GAUAAUCGAGACGCUGGAAGCUGGAAGAAGUUUUGGGAAAACGGAGCCAAGUUGUGUAUUGUCAAACAUCAACUAGCAUUACGUAGGUUACUUCGUGAUACUUGUUUAUUUGUAUCUGUACUUGAUAAAUAAUUCUUAUUAGAUUUGUGGAGCAAGAAAAGAUGGCACAGAGAUUUCCUGUACCAAAUACAGGAAGCAAUGGACCACCUCCUCAGCGGUAUCCACCAGCAGCGGUACCACCAAACUUACGCCAGUAUUCUGGGCCAAAUUUUCCAAUACAACAGAGAUCUGGAUUUACUCCACCGCCACAGAUGGGUAAUGCAGGACCUGGUCCUGGAGGAAUAAUGAGGCCAAAUCAGCCUUAUUCAAAUUUGCGUCAAGGUCCAAUGCCCACACCACCUGUUGGAAAAAGAACUGCAGAUCAACGUAUUCCUAUGUCACAACAAAAACCGUGUUUUUGGAACAGUGAUUUUUCACAUUCCACAUCAAAGAAAAAGAAGAAAUUGGCAGACAAAAUACUGCCUCAGAAAGUACGCGAUUUGGUGCCAGAGUCGCAAGCUUAUAUGGAUCUACUCGCAUUCGAGAGAAAAUUGGAUGCAACUAUAAUGCGGAAGCGUCUCGAUAUUCAAGAAGCUUUGAAACGUCCAAUGAAACAAAAACGGAAAUUACGUAUUUUUAUCUCAAAUACGUUUUAUCCCGCUAAAGAGGCGGGUGAAGGAGAAGAAGGAUCUGUAGCAUCCUGGGAACUUCGAGUCGAAGGACGUCUUUUAGAUGAUACUAAAAAUGAUCCCAAUAAGGUAAAGCGCAAAUUUUCGUCUUUCUUCAAAAGUUUAGUGAUAGAGUUGGAUAAAGAUCUAUAUGGUCCUGACAAUCAUUUAGUUGAAUGGCAUCGUACAUUAACUACUCAAGAAACUGACGGAUUUCAAGUUAAAAGACCCGGCGAUAAAAAUGUUCGUUGUACAAUUCUUCUUCUUCUCGAUUAUCAGCCGUUGCAGUUUAAAUUGGAUCCAAGAUUAGCGCGAUUAUUAGGAGUACACACACAGACACGACCCGUAAUUAUAUCCGCACUCUGGCAAUAUAUAAAGACGCACAAGCUACAGGACAGUCACGAAAGAGAAUUUAUCAAUUGUGAUAAAUAUUUGGAACAGAUUUUUGCCUGUCCGCGAAUGAAAUUUGCGGAAAUACCGCAACGACUGAAUCCAUUACUGCACCCACCCGAUCCUAUUGUAAUAAAUCAUAUCAUAAGCGUAGAAGGCACAGAAACAAAGCAGACUGCGUGUUAUGACAUUGAUGUAGAGGUUGACGAUACUCUGAAGACGCAAAUGAAUAAUUUCUUAUUGUCAACCGCGAGCCAGCAAGAAAUUCAGAGUCUGGAUAACAAGAUUCAUGAAACUGUUGAAACGAUUAAUCAAUUGAAGACCAAUCGCGAAUUCUUUCUGAGUUUUGCUAAAGAUCCGCAACAAUUUAUUAACAAGUGGAUCAUCUCUCAAACUAGAGAUUUAAAAACCAUGACAGAUGUUGUUGGCAAUCCAGAAGAAGAAAGAAGAGCCGAAUUUUACUACCAACCAUGGGCACAGGAAGCUGUGUGUAGGUACUUUUACACAAAAGUACAGCAAAAACGGGCAGAAUUGGAACAAGCACUGGGUAUUAGGAACUCUUAAAACUAUCGAAACUAUCAUAUAUUCAAUUAUCUUAUCAUAUAAAGCUAUGCAAGGUAAUCAUAAGUGUUUGCCAUGUAACUAUUGCAACAUUCAGCUAUUAUAACUGAAAGUUUUAAAA